AUGAAUAUUUCCCGGUGUCUCUCGAUCGCCACGGCGUUGCUAACCCUGGUGGCUCUCAAGGCCUACAUCGAAUGGACGUCUGAGCAGGAGGAACGAUACCCCACGUCCUCCGCCGCCCGUUGGCACAGCAGCUCCAUCACCCCUAUGCUGCCCUUCGAGAACGUCUCGCCGGCAUUUGUCUUCCAGCGCUUUAACGUCUCCUUGGAACAAUUCCGCCACAGCAUCCCGCGAGGGAAGGCGUACUGGAACGAUAAACAAUACAAAAAUUUCCGGGCGUUGGAAGAAGGCUCAGUGGCCAACGCUUCCUGGAAUAAAUGCCCCAACGGUGACAUGAAGGAACUGGCCACCAAGAUCAAGCAUUUCAACUCGUAUCCGGAGCUGUAUAAGAAUUUUGUUCUCUACGGGGACUGCAGGAAUUAUUCCUUCCUGAUUAACGAACCCCGUAAGUGUGCCCAUACAAAGAACGGCACCUUCCUGCUCUUGGCCAUCAAAUCCGUGCCCGGCAAUUUCGCUGCCCGCCAAGCCGUGCGGGACACAUGGGGGCAGGAAGGAGAACCCGGCGGGCUGGCCGUCCGCACUGUCUUCUUACUGGGCACGGCUCAGGGGCAGUUCGGUCCCCGCCUGCAACACCUGGUCCAGUUUGAGAGUCGGAGUUUCGGGGACAUCCUGAUGUGGGACUUUGAAGACACCUUCUUCAACCUGACCCUGAAGGACUCCCUCUUCCUGCGUUGGACGCUGGAGUAUUGUCGGGACGUCCGUUUCAUUCUCAAGGGGGACGAUGACGUGUUCAUCAACACCCCAAAAGUCUUGGAGUAUCUGAGCUCGGUGGACGCCAACAAGCCCCUCUACACGGGGCAGGUGAUGUCCAACGCCUCACCCUUCCGGGACCACCGAAAUAAGUACUAUGUGCCAGAAUCAUUUUACGUGGGACCGUAUCCAGCUUACGCGGGAGGCGGGGGCUACAUCAUCUCCGGACCCCUGGCCCGGUUGCUCCUCCUCAUCUCUCAGCACGUGGCCUUCUACCCCAUCGACGACGUUUACACGGGGUUCUGCUUCCAAGCUCUGGGCAUCCCCCCUCAGCCCCACGCUGGCUUCAUGACCUUUGAUAUCGCCGAGAAAGACCGGAGAGACCCCUGCGUGCACAGCCAACUGCUCUUGGUCCAUCGGCGCAGCCCCCAGCAGACCCUCCAUCUCUGGAAGCAAAUCAACAAUCCAGAUCUCCAAUGCGGAGAUGAGGCGUUGAACCCCCAACCCGCGAAGCCUCCUGGCUUCUGA